AUGUUUUCAUCUUCUGUUCGAAAAUCCACAAUUGUGGAAGGUAUCAUCAAUGUUCAACCAACCAUUACUGGAGCGCUAGCCAGUGUGACUGUUGGUCCUAUAGGAGCGUUGGUUGAUAGCAUCUCUCAUUUUUUAGGGAAAUCGUUUUUGCUCGAGCUUGUUGCUACUGAUCUUGACAGUAAAAAGAAGGAGACAGUGAAGGCGUAUGCAAGUUAUAAUGAACUGAACAACGAGAGUAAAAUGUACAAAUACAAGUGUGAGUUUGAGGUUCCUGAAGAAUUUGGUAAGAUAGGAGCAGUGUUGUCGUAUCUACCAUCGAAAACGCCGGCGGGGUUGAAGUCUUUAAGAGAGAAAGAUCUAGAGUCUCUUCGAGGCAACGGUGAAGGACAACGCAAAUCAUUUGAAAGGAUUUACGAUUACGAUACGUAUAAUGAUCUCGGUGAUCCCGAUACUAGCUCUGAUCUUGCUCGACCGGUGCUCGGCGGCCAGAAAUAUCAAUACCCUAGGCGUUGCCGAACUGGUCGCGAAAGGACCUCGACAGAACCCUGGUCGGAAUCGAGGACAACGCUCCCAUUUUAUGUGCCGAGAGACGAAGAUUUUUCAGAGAUAAAGGCGAUAACGUUUGGGGCCACGACCUUUUACUCCGUACUACAUGCACUUGAACCAACGAUAGAUUCGGCAUUUACGGGCGAGAACAAGGGAUUCUCAUCAUUCACGGAUAUCAAUUUACUUUACAGUGACGGUGUUGAGAUCGUUCUCCCUGACAAUGGACUUCUUAGUGCUUUACCAGGGCUUCUCAAAGAAGUUGCCAAUAAUACAAAAACUAUACUGCAAUUUGAGACUCCUCGAAUUGUGGAUGGGGAUUCCUUUUCUUGGUUACGAGAUGAGGAAUUUUGUCGACAAACACUUGCUGGUAUUAAUCCAUAUAGCAUACAGUUGGUCAAGGAAUGGCCGCUGAUUAGCAAACUAGACUCUGAAAUUUAUGGACCGGCUGAAUCAGCAAUUACCAAAGAAAUUGUUGAGCAGGAGAUUAGAGGUUUCAUGACUCUUGAGAAGGCAUUGGAACAAAAGAAGUUAUUCUUGUUGGAUUACCAUGACCUGUUCUUACCUUAUGUGAAUAAAGUAAGAGAGCUUGAAGGGACAACUCUCUAUGGUUCAAGAACGUUAAUGUUCCUCUCAUCUACUGGAACAUUGAGACCACUAGCCAUUGAAUUGACUCGCCCGCCAAACAACGGGAAACCACAGUGGAAACAUGUUUAUGUACCCUGUUGGGAUGCUACAGGCGUCUGGCUCUGGAAGCUAGCCAUGGCUCAUGUCCUUGCUCAUGAUUCUGGUUAUCACCAGCUUGUCAGCCACUGGCUAAGAACUCAUUGCGUUACAGAGCCUUACGUAAUUGCUACGAACCGUCACCUUAGCAAAAUGCACCCUAUACAAAGACUGUUAUCUCCUCACCUCCGGUACACAAUGGAGAUUAAUGGCCUGGCUCGACUACUCCUCAUUAAUGCCGGUGGUAUUAUUGAGUCGACCUUCUCUCCUGGCAAAUACUCCAUGCAACUUUCCUCUGAUGUAUAUGCUCAACAAUGGCGCUUUGAUCAUGAGGCACUUCCAGCUGACCUAAUUAGUCGGGGAAUGGCUGUUGAAGAUCCAAGUGCACCACAUGGUUUAAAACUAGCAAUUGAGGAUUACCCAUUUGCCAAUGAUGGUCUACUUCUCUGGGAUGCCAUCCAACAAUGGGCUACUUCCUAUGUCAACCACUACUACCCACAAGCAGACCUUGUAGAGUCUGAUGAAGAGCUUCAAGCUUGGUGGACUGAAAUCCGAACAGUCGGGCAUGGAGACAAGAAGGACGAACCAUGGUGGCCUCAACUCAAAACCCAACAGGACCUGAUUGGAAUCGUCUCAACAAUCAUGUGGGUGGCUUCCGGCCACCAUUCAGCAGUCAACUUUGGUCAGUAUGAUUAUGCUGGUUAUUUCCCCAACAGACCCACCAUUGCCAGAACUAAAAUGCCCAAUGAAGAUCCCACAGCUGAAGAGUGGCAAGCAUUCCUAAAGAAUCCUGAGGAUGUGCUACUGAAUUGCUUUCCUUCGCAGGUUCAAGCUACCAAAGUAAUGUCCGUUUUGGAGAUUUUGUCAACUCAUUCUCCAGACGAAGAGUACAUCGGCGUCAACAUGGAGGCUGCAUGGGAGGCAGAACCGGUUGUAAAGGCCGCGUUCCAGGAGUUGAAUAGAAUGUUGAAGGAGGUGGAGGGCAUCAUAGACUCGAGGAACAAUGAUCCCAAUUUGAGAAACAGAAAUGGAGCAGGGUUGAUGCCGUAUGAGCUUCUGAAGCCAUUUUCUGAACCUGGGCUGACGGGAAAGGGUGUUCCAUACAGCAUUUCCAUCUAAUUUAACUUCAGGUCUCACAUUCAGCCAUCUUUGUUGAAAUAAAUAAAAAACUUAAUCAUGUCUGAUUUGAUCCAUGUUUACUCCAUUCGCACCUUUGUACUAAUAAUU